GUUCAUUGUUAAAAGUGUUACAAGCUAGUGGAUGUGUUUCCCUCCACUGAGAGCAAAGACUCCUUCCAGCCCCUGGUUACUGACACAGACAGGAGACAAUCCUGAUAUUCUGAAGCUUGGGCUGUUUGGAAUUCCAGCCGAAACAAUCAUAUUCGGAAUCCAGUAUGAUGGUCCCAGUGCUCCUCUUCCUGCUGCUUCCUGUGGCGAUCCUCUCACUUCCUGUGCGGUACGAGCCCAUGGACUGUGAGAAUGUUUUCUUAAAUGGCUCUACACACAGUGGGGUGUACACCAUUUUCCCUGCUGGACAGCCUACUCCUGUCCAGGUCUACUGUGACAUGGACUGUGAUGAGGACAGCGAUGUAGGAGGGUGGACAGUGAUUCAGAGGAGGAUGGAUGGCUCUGUGAACUUCUACAGACCCUGGGAGCAGUACAAGAACGGCUUUGGGAAUGUAUCUGGAGAGUACUGGCUGGGACUGGAGAACAUCUUCCACCUUACAAGGUCAAGGAAAUACAAGUUGAGGGUGGACAUGGAGGACUUUGAGGGGGGGAAGGUCUACGCCCAGUACUCCUCUUUCUAUAUCGAUCCUGAGUCCGAGGGCUACAUGUUACAUGUCAGUGGGUAUGCUGAUGGAGGAGCAGGGGACUCUUUGGUACAACACAACGGGCAGAAGUUUUCCACCUUCAACAAGGACCAGGACACCGCUCCUAUCAGCUGUGCUAAAAAACAUAUGGGAGGCUUCUGGUACAAGCGCUGCCAGUUUGCAAACCCAAAUGGCCUGUAUGUGUGGGGGAAGGACCCAAUCCAGGUCGCCAUCGGCAUAAACUGGCAAACCUGGAGGGGCUAUGAUUACUCUCUGAAAGCCAUCACCAUGAAGAUCAGGCCCUUGUUUAUGGUCCCAGCUAACAUAGUGGUUUAGGAAGUUCCACCCCACUUCCUGUCCCUUUAAGUCACCCACUCCCUGUCUCUUUAACCCCCUCCCCCCACUUCCUGUCUACGACUAGCCCCACCUCAGUCUCUGAUCCACCCCUUCCCCAUCCUUGAUCUGCCCCCCUCUUCAUCUCUCGACAUCCGUUUACCCCCCUACACUCUCUCCUUGAUCUGCCCUCUACCAUGUCUGUCAUCUCUGAACUGCCUCCUCCAGCAAACAUUCUCUCCAUUGUCAACUCUGUAACCUUAACGGCACAAUUUCGGUUCAUCUGCAUCGCUAGAGAAGCGCCUUUAGUUCGGUCAGCUAAAACUGCAUACUUUUCUCAAAUCCAUUCUCAAAUCCUGACUCUGGAUUGCUUUAAAAAGUCACAAACAUGCACGUUUCUCUGCAGGGUGGUCUAAGCACAGGGAAGAAAGAGGCAGUUCCCAGCACUAGCACAGAUCCCCCAGCACUGCAGGCUAUGGGAGGAUUCCCCAUCGUUCAUGCUGUCAGCCCAGAAUGUUGUUUAUGCACUGUAUACCUCUGAGACAUGAAUCGCUGUCCCUCUGAAGUGUAAUUGUAAAGUGUUUUGGCAGCAGUGUGGCAAGGUUUUGGGUUUGGUUCCCCACUGUGGCACUGCUGCUGU